AAUUAAUAUAUUGACGCUAUAAACAUAUGAGAGGCUUCGCAGUCGAAAUCGUUGAAGGAAUUGGAGUUAUGGAGACGAAGAGCGAGAGUACCAGGAGGACUCAACCGGUGGCUCUCUUCAUGGCCUUCGGCACUAAAGGCGACGUCUAUCCUAUCUCUGCCAUUGCUGCUGCUUUUGCUUUUGAUCAGGAGCAAUAUCGCGUGGUUCUAGUAACUCAUUCUGCUCACAAGAACUUAAGUUCACAUUUGGCGGCAAAAAAUGUUGAAUAUCUUCCAGUUUCAUCACCACCGGUUCUUUCUCCUUAUGAAGAUGAUGGUCCUGCAGGUACCGUGAAACUGUCAUUUUCCCUGCAGAAGAGGAGAAUUACAAAAGAGCAUAGACUAGAAUGUAUUUCUAACGUGGAGCAGAUAUUUGGUGGUGGUCCAAGCUUGGAGGGUGAUUUCAUUGUGAUAAAUUUCUUUGCAUUGGAAGGUUGGAACCUUGCAGAACUUUUUCAUGUCCGUUGCAUUGUAGCUGCUCCUUAUGUCGUUCCUUACAGUGCCCCUUCAUCAUUUGAGCGUUACUUCAGAGAAGAGCUUCCACCUUUAUAUGAAUAUCUUCAAGAAGCUCCUAUUGACCAGGUUGGAUGGAAAGAUGUUAUCCACUGGAUGUGGCCACUUUUUACUGAAGAUUGGGGAUCGUGGAGAAGUGAUGAGUUGAAGCUAAGCCCCUGGCCUUUCACAGUUUAUUUAUCAAAUUGCUUCUUCAUUGGCCAGGAUCCAGUGACGGGCCUUCCAGCGUGGCAUGAUAGGUCUCUGUCUCCCCUGCUAUUGUAUGGAUUUAGCAAAGAAGUAGUUGAAUGCCCUGGUUACUGGCCUUCAAAUGUUCGGGUUUGUGGCUUUUGGUUUCUUCCUUUGGAAUGGCAGUUCUCGUGCAACAAGUGUGCAGAAAUUUCAGCUUUGAUCUCUUCAGAGCAUUUAAACACAAAAGAUGAGAAUGUGAUGUGCUCAGCUCAUGCUGAGUUACAAUCUUUUCUGAAAACUCCUGCAUCACUGCCACCUGUAUUUAUUGGUUUCUGUUCUGUUGGAAGCAUGGGUUUUUUGAGGAACCCUCAAGCAUUUCUUGAGGUUCUUCGAACUAUUGUGGACAUCACAAGUCACAGAUUCAUUCUAUUCUCAGCUGGCUUUGAACCUUUAGAUGCUGCAAUUCAGAAGAUUGCUGAUGAUGCAUCAUCAGGCUCAGAACAAAGACAGUUCAGUGAGGACGGAAUCUCUAUCUUUGGUGGCAGACUUUUUUGCUUUUCUGGUUCUGUACCAUAUAAGUGGCUGUUUCCCAGAUGUGCUGCUGCAGUUCAUCACGGAGGCAGUGGAUCCACUGCCGCGGCACUGCAUGCAGGAAUUCCGCAGGUAGUAUGUCCAUUUAUGCUGGAUCAGUUUUAUUGGGCAGAGAGGAUGUUUUGGCUUGGAGUUUCCUCAGAACCAUUGAAAACAAACCACUUGCUCCCAGAUGAAAGUGAUGAUACAUGUGUUAGGGAAGCUGCAAAUAUGCUAACAAGGGCCCUAAAUUAUGCAUUAUCAUCUAAAGUGAAAGCACGCUCAUCAGAGAUUGCCGAAAGGCUGUCUCUCGAGGAUGGAGUGUUAGAAGCUUUAAAGAUCCUCAAGGAAGAGAUCAGCUGUUCUAACACUACGAGGCAUUGACUUAAUUCUUUUCAGGUUGCAGGCUGGUUGCGGUUUUUACUCGCUCCCACACUCACUUGCCAGCAUUUAUAUACAUAUUUUUUUUUAAAAUCUGGACUAUCAGAUUUUUUUGCAAGUUCUCUAAGUGUGUAACCAUAAUCUUCUUUUCUCUUCUCUCACUUAUUCACUUGCAAGUAAAUAAAUGUUUUGCAACUUGUUUUGCAUUCUUAAGUGGAAACCCAACAAAUAUUGGUAACUUGUAAUAAAAUGAGUAAAAGAGCUUAUUCAUGGUUA